CAAACUUCUGCCAGAGAGCAGAUAGGUCAAGUGCGUAAUCGCUGUUAAAAACGUGGAAUUGUUCUUAAAGCUCUUAGAGUUGUGUAGUGUUGAAUUAGCAUCAAAUAUAAGAUGGCUGAAAAUUGUGGAUACAAAAGUCCCAUCUGGAAUCAUUUUAAAAAGAUGGAAAAAGGCGCGAAAUGCAAGUAUUGCCUGGCAGUAUUAAGCUUUUCGAAAAGUACUACUUCAAAUUUGAAGCGUCAUUUAUUCACCAAACAUCCAACAGUGCCUUACCUAAACCAGCCACCGCGAAACUCCCCAAAUGAUAUAGCUAAUGCUUCCGCAUCGAAUGAAACCCCAGCAUCCGGUUCAUGCUUGGAUAAUGAAGGCGAAACAAGUAUUCCAUCUUCAACGAACUCUAUUUAUAAUUAUUUACAUAAACCAGUGAGUCAGGAUACAAAAAGGCAGCUUGAUAGGAUGCUUUUAGAUUUUAUAACUAAGGAAUGUCUUCCGUUUUCAAUUGUCGAGAGUAAAGCAUUCCAAAAAUUCUUGCUUACACUUAAUCCUAAUUACACACUACCUAGUAGGAAGACGGUAUCCAACGCAUUAUUGCCAAGUGUGUAUAAUGAAGAGAUGGAAAAAGUUAAAAAAAAUGUAGGAUCAGCAAAAACUAUUGCAUUGACGUCGGAUGGUUGGUCAAACAUGAAUAACAUUAGCUUUCAUGCACUGACUGCCCAUUACAUAGAUGAGAGUCUUAAAUUGCAAUCAAAACUUCUUGAAUGCUCUGAAUUUAAAGGGUCGCAUACAGGUUCUCAGAUCGCCUCGUGGAUCACCGAAGUUUUAAAAAAAUUUGAAAUAGAAAAAAAAGUAGUUGCCAUAGUGACCGACAGCGCUAAAAAUAUGAUAGCAGCUGCCAAUAAUUUAAAUUUCCCACGUAUACCUUGUUUUGCGCAUAAUCUAAAUCUGAUAGUACGAAACUCCAUAGAAAAGUCUAUCCUUACAACAGUUGAUGAAGUUAAACGAGUGGUCAUGCAUUUUAAAAAAAGUAAUAUAGCAUCAGAAAUGCUUGCUUCAACUCAAAAAAAAUUUAAUCAUGAAAUACUUAAACUAAAAAAAGAUGUCCCAACUAGAUGGAACUCGUCAUUUGACAUGAUGGACAGAUUCAUUAAAAAUAAAAUACCCAUUCUUUCGUGCGUAGAUAGCUUAAAAAUGAAAACCAACUUGUCACCCACUGAUUGGGUAAUUAUCGAGCAAUCAUUGGAGGCACUCAAAUAUUUUUCAUCAGCAACUAAAUUAGUUUCGGCGGAGAAACAUACGACCCUUUCACACGUUGGCUUAUUAGCUAAUGUAUUAUUGCGUAAAACUUCAACUUUACUAUUAAACAACGAAUUAGUCCCAGAAGUAAAGACUUUGAUAUCUUUACUAGUUGAAAACACAGAAGAAAAACUUAAAGUGUAUAGAGAUAACCAUCAAAUUUGGAAAGCAAUGUUCCUAGAUCCACGUGUGAUGAAAGCGGGGUUUCAGAAUGAACCCGAUAAACUAAAAAAAACACAUGAUUUGAUACUAACGGAUAUGCUUCCCCUUCAGGAGAGCAAACAAAUAUCGGUAAGAGAGGAUGCUUUCAAAUCUAAUACUGAUGCAAACUUAUUAUAUGGCGACAUAGUGUGUCAUUCUGAAUUGGAAACAUCUUAUACUCUUAGGGAACUUGCGGAAGACGAAAUUAAUUUGUACCUUAAGGUAAAUCCAAUUGCAAUGGAACGAGAUCCUCUAUCAUGGUGGCAAGCAAAUCGUAUGAAAUAUCCAACAUUGUACAUUUUAGCAAUGGAAAACCUUUGCAUACCAGGUACUUCGGUGCCUUGUGAGAGAGUUUUCUCCAAAGCAGGCCAGAUAUUUUCAGAAAAACGAACAAGAUUACUACCUAAAAAACUACACGAAUUAGUUUUCUUACAACACAAUUCAUAAUAUAUUCUUUUUAUUUCUCCUCUUAGUAAGAUAGUCAAGGUAUAGUUGAGCUUUUUUUUAAUAAAAUUUUUGUUAAGAGUUAAUAAUUGUUAAACAUAAUGAACUAUGAAAUAGUUUUAAACACAACUAAAUGAAUGAUAAAUUUUGCACUAUGAUAUCAACUAGUAUGUGUAAAUAUAUUGUAAAAUUGAAAAUAAGACAACGCGUUUGUUAGUUACACUUCUUGUU